CUCAUUAGAGUCUCUCAGUCCUCAGAGCAUCACAGAGCCGUCGACAUGAGAUCUCACUGCAUCUGCAUGGUGUGUUUUGUGCUGUGUGUGUUCGGAUGGCAUGAUCUGGAUAACAGUGAAUAUGACUGCUGGCCACUGGACAAACCAGAUGAACUCAACAUGAUCGACUGUGGAGGUCUAGAGAUGGCGUGGGUUCUGCGUCCUCCAGAGAAGGUUCUCAGCGGUGAGGAUUUCAAUGUCAUUUACUCUGUGACCGUCAGAGAUGAGUUUUACCAGUGGGCCAUCGACAACCACAUCUUCAUACACCGGUCCAUCACAGAUCCAGCUGAAGCCAGACGCUUCUGUGAGCAGCACGAGUGUCCCAGCAACUGGAAGGACGCCAACGGAGAAAACUGCUGCAUCCAUCACGCCAACAUCCACUCCUGCCCCAUGGGGUUCAUGAAGCAGGCGGAGGAGAGGAUCUGUGGACCCUGGAUCCCAGACGACGGUCGGAUAUUCACUCACACCAUCUCCACUUCUGGAAAAAUGACCCAGACCAACUGGAGCGCCAAGGUGGUGUUGUUUCACGAGGGCCUGACGUCUCUCAUCGCUCACAUCCGUGUGGGGAACAUGCAGGUCGCUCUGGAGGCCAAGAGCACCGUUCUGCCUGCGAUCAUGUGCGGUGAUGGUCUGUGUGAGGAAGACGAGAGCUGCUCCACGUGUCCGGCCGACUGCGGAGACUGUCCUCUCAGUUCUGCUGCUCGAGCUGCUAUCGCCCUCACCAUCACCACCAUCAUCAUCAGCUUCAUCAUCAGCGCUAUGAUGUUUCGGCGUGAGGACUGCGCAGAACCUCUCACCACGUACCAGCAGAGACUGAAGGAGGUUUACACGCCGCCCGAGGCCCAGAGUGGCAGCCAGGAGCCCACGCUGCCCGGAGACGUGUUCAGCUAUUCAAUCAUCUUACUGGAGAUCGCCACCCGGAAUGAUCCAGUGCCGGCGGAGGACAGCUCUCUGGACUGCGCCUGGUGUCCUCCGCUGCCGGAGCUGAUUUCGGGGAAAGCCGACAGCACCUGUCCCUGUCCUGCUGAAUAUGCUGAGCUGAUUCGUCGAUGCCGUGCUCAUAACCCCGCCCACCGGCCCACCUUUGAGCAGAUACGCAAGUUUGUCAACAGAAUCAACCCUCACAAAGUCAGUCCUGUCGACAUGAUGAUGGAGCUGAUGGAGAAGUACAGUAAACAUCUGGAGGUUCUGGUCGGUGAACGGACACAAGAUCUGAUGCUGGAGAAACAGAAGACUGACCGACUGCUUUACAGUAUGCUGCCUAAACAGGUGGCUGAUGACCUGCGACAGGGCAAACCACUACAAGCCCAGAGUUACGUCAGUGCCACCGUGUUCUUCAGUGAUAUCGUGGGAUUCACGCAGUUGUCCAGCACUAGCACUCCUUACCAGGUGGUGGAUUUCCUCAACAAACUCUACACCACUUUUGACGAGAUCAUCGACAACUAUGAUGUUUAUAAAGUGGAAACCAUCGGCGAUGCUUAUAUGGUUGUGUCCGGUGUACCGAGAGAGAACGGGAUUCUCCACGCGUCUGAGAUCGCCAGCAUGGCUCUGGAUCUGGUGUCUGUCUGCAAGACCUUCAGAAUCCCCCACAGACCACAAACCCAGCUGCAGAUCCGGGCUGGAAUACACUCAGGUCCAGUGGUCGCAGGAGUCGUGGGGACUAAGAUGCCGAGGUACUGUCUGUUUGGAGACACGGUGAACACGGCGUCCCGCAUGGAGUCCACCAGCGAAGCGCUGAAGAUCCAGUGCAGCUCCAGCACAUAUUACCUGCUGGAGGAGAUCGGAGGAUACGUGCUCACCUGCAGAGGAGUGCUACAGGUCAAGGGGAAGGGUGAUAUGGUGACGUACUGGCUGGAGGAGAAGCGCUCCACAGCUCCGGCUAAAGACGGCAGGAUCCCUGUGACACCGCAGGAGACACACACGGAGGAUUACUCCAGAAUCCCAGGAGUCCUCAGCGGCUCGGACCUGAUGUGUGACCCCUGA